UAUACACUGACGAGAAGAUUUUGAUCAAAUUGCUCCCUCUAGAGUUUAUAGACUUUCUCCGACGAUCUUUGCUAGUAUUAUCGUCAACUUUCAAUAUUAAAACAACACAGAGAGUAGGCGUCCGUAUGCCUAUGAGAUGGCAUCCAGAGGAGUUGUGUCUGGGAAUGUAGCUGGAGGUGGACGAAGGCGUAGACGACGUGACAGAGGGAAGGCUCAAGAAGGUACCCGGGAUGUGGAAGUAUCUGAAGGUGGUGUACAUAGUGGAGGCUCAUCACAGACUGGUAUGGGCAUUGGUUUUGGUACUAAGCAAAAGCCUAUACAAUUCCUAACAAAACCAGGAAAUGGCAAGAUGAAAGAAAACCUGGAAUCAUCUACUCUACCUGAUCCAAAACCAACACCUACUAUCAUUAUUAAACCACGAGAAAGAGACACAGGCCAACAAAAUGAACCAAGCAGAAGGAUAAGUACAAGCACAACCAAUGGUGCUAUGAAACCGAUUGUAUAUGGAACACCGCCCUCAAUGGAUAUGGUUCGGGUACUAGGUGCCACUGGAUCAACCCACCCACCUGGAAUUGCCAGUCAUAGGGCAACAAAUACAUCUGUCAACAUAGCCAUAGAAGUUCCUGUUCACCAUCGAUUAACUCCACUGACACCAAUGAAGCAAAGCGUUCAACUGAUUGACUCGGCGUUCCAUUGGAGUGAUCAAGCCAUGGAGUACCUGUUAGACCAAGGAUCAUAUUUUGUGGUUGGUGUUAUUGGACUACAGGGCUCUGGAAAGUCCACUGUUGCUUCUCUUCUUGCCGGAUGUAAGCCAGAUGAUGAAAGCACAUAUAUUUUCAAAACCCAAACACCGGAUAUACGUGAACUUGCUGGCCACCAGACGUCUGGAGCAGAUAUUUACAUCACAGCACAACGAACAAUCAUACUCGACACUCAGCCCGUACUAAGCGCAUCGGUUCUUGAUUACUUGAUCAAUCAUGAAAAAUACAUCCCAUCUGAGAUGACAUCACCAGAGAACUGUGUUGAAAUGCAGUCAUUACAGCUGGCCACCUUCCUGAUGACUGUGUGUCAUGUGGUACUAGUUGUCCAGGACUGGUUUGCGGACAUCCCACUCCUGCAGUGCAUCAAGAAAGCAGAGAUGUUGAAACCAUCCACUGCUAAUCCAAACUCUGAUGGUGAAGAUGGUGUUGAGUACUUCCCGAAUGUAGUGUUUGUUCAGAACAAGGCAACACGAGAAGAUUUUGAUCUGAAUAGUAUAAAAAGUAUGCAAGAGGGAUUUAAACCGUGUUUAGUCGCUGGUGUUGAAUCCGAUCCCUAUGUAACAGCAGGAACUGAAAUGCUAUUUCAAAGUUAUGAUAAUGAACAAAAUAUUGGUAAAGCACUGAUGUCUGCCAAUUUCUUUUAUCCAACAGGUGCAAUAUCAUUGACACAAUCUGGACUGAUGGCAGGAGCUAAUGCCAGUAACCUACCACUGGAUAUAAACCUCUUUCUUUUGCCACACUUACAUGAUACUAGCAGUAAACCCAAAUCUCCACUUUUUUCAAUUCUUCCCAACUGUUACCAGGGUCAUCCAAGUCGAGAGUCGCUUAUUAGAGCCUUCCGCAAACUUGUCAUUGGUGCUCAGAGAACACCCAUAGCAACUUCUUGCAAUACUGAGAAGAACUGGUUCCACUAUGCAGCUCGAAUGUGGGAGACGAUUAAAAAAUCAACAUUGAUGUCGGAGUACAACAGACUUCUGGUGUGAGUCACCUGACAAGGAUCUGGCUUCUCCAUAGCAAGGUGGAACUGAGGCAGCUUGUUGAAAUAUGGCUACUCAGUAGCCAUGUGGUCUGUGACACCUGGUCAAAAUGUCGAAUUUUUUUUGCCAGGUGGUUCAAGACACUUAAAAGAAUGCAGCUUCUUUGGGAACAGGUAGUCCAAGACAUCUGGUUGCUUCCCUGUAGUGAUCUGAGACACUUGUUUUGCAAUGUUGAUUUUCCUGUAACCAGAUGGUCAAAACACCUAAUGGCUUUUGUUGCCAGGUGGUAAAGACACCUUGUUUUUUCCUCUGUAACCAAGUAGUCAAUGACAUCUGGUUAUAAAAUGUGGUUUCUUUGCCAGCAAGUCUAAGACACCUGCUUGCUUCUGUGUAGUUCAGGUAGUAGGCUUCAUGAUAAAAUCAAGGCAGGGAUUAAACCUCAAGAUACAUUGCAUAUAAGAAGUACAAAAAACAUUCGAUCUGAUGUCAAAUUGAAACUAAGAUCAUCAAUUUACGAAAGAUUCUAUUGUUGAGAUACAACUGUCCUACGAUGGUAUGGAUUCCACAGAAUUGGAAUUUGAGAUCCAAGUAACCAGUAUUAUGGUUUAAAAAAAUAGUUGAGUUGUUCUGAAACCAUUCUAUAGUGGGCUACAAAUCUCUACCAGCCACAAGCUAUCAACACUCGCUGUGACACAGUGGUGGCACCUGUGGGGCUUAAGCCCCCUCAUCCACGACUUAAGCCUCCCGUUGUCCAUGAAUCCACAGAUGAAAGAGCAAAUUUUUUAAAUUCUUUCUUUGGCCAUCAUACGUUCUGUAAUGACUUAAACAACAGCACAAGUUGGCUAUAAAUUCCCAAUUUUUCAAAGCGCUAAAUGGCGGGGCUUGGACCAUAGACUCUAUCUAUGUUGGAAGUUGUCCUCAUCAGGCAAAUUCUGCCAAUUAUAGACCACAAUCCAGGUUAAUUAUUUUAUAGAGCAUUGUUCUACUGUUUAUUAGACCUUUCCGAAGUGUCAAUCAAAAUUGACAACUAAUGACUAAUCAGAACAUGUUAUUGAUUUGCCAGGAAUAUCCCAAUAUUUUACAAACAUGUAAGUUUACGUAUGUUUAAGGUGCUUAAGGUCCCAUACCUUAGCAACAGUAUCCAAGAGGUGGGGCUUACAGCCCAUUGGUGAGUGCUGUUGUAUGUGAAAUGACAACCAAUUAUUUUACAGAAAGAAGUAACUGUAAACUUCUAUUACAACUCAAAGCUUGUGUUUCUUCAUUACCAUUUUAGUAGUAGUAGUAGUACAUUUAGUACUUGUUGUUCAUAGGGGUGGGCUGACCAUAUACAGGGGUCCUAAGUUGGAAGAAGUCAAUUCCGCGGUGGGAAGAGCUGCCCCUUCUUUACCACAAUUCGUCGGGGACAAAUAAGUUAUAUGUACUGUAUUUUCUACAUAGAAAAUUGUCAAACUUUGAGGGACUUCACCCCCUGGACCACUUCCGAUAUAUUUUGAGCAACACCCCACUACGCCCAAUUUUCUCCCGACGCGACAUCUGCAGUGACAGAUCCGAGACUUCGCAAUAGGGGGAGCAGAGAGGGACUUUCACAGAUGUUUGGUCUAUACCACCUCAACCCCAUCAUGGUUGGGGCUGAGGUACAAUAUGAAAAUUUAUGAUUAUGGCCGGAAAUGGCACUCUCAGAUUUGCUGUAAAUUUGAAUAUGAUUUUCUUUUUCUCUCUUUUUUUUUAAUUUUGAAAAAAAUUGGGGGCGGGGCUUCUCUCUUGAAUCUGACACUGAUCAUAACAUUUAAUUUCAUGUUGCUGCACAUUGUGAUACACAUUGGCAAUGAUUUCUGUGAGACAAUUGAUAAUAAAGCAGUGAAAACUUGCGGGAUAUGGGUUAAUUUCCAGGAGGUUCUUGCUUGCUUGCUUGGAAGGCCGUCCCGAUUUCCAGCAGACUCCAGCGAGACUUGAGACCCUGUAUAUAGGCAAAUUAGUUCCACUAAGUGGGUUAAAAUAUUAAAAAUGACCAUUAAGUUUUCUUUGGAAUAGGGAUUUAGUUCCGCAUUUUCAAUUUGUUUUCCCCCCCCCACCACCAACCACCAGUCAGUUAAGUGUGGUGUAAAGUUAUUAGCUUUCAAACCAAUGAAUGCAAGAGUAGUAGUGUCCUAUAUUCCUUCCUUGUAUUUCAUUAACCGUUCCAAAAUUUUUCGUCAAUCACACUUUUUGUGUUUUAGAAAAAUCAAUUGUACAACAUAUCAAAAAAAUGUAAGCCUCCAGAGCCUGGCUUAAAGAUAUUUGCAGUAAACUUGGUGGAAUCUUACUUGCUUAGAUUUAGAAUUUUGAUCCUUUUAAAUUUCCCAGCCGUGUAAUCCAACAGGUUGCUAUAAAAUAUUCGAUAUGAAAAUAUCUUAAAAUUGCAUCAAGAUAUUUGUUAACAUAUCAAAUUAAAUGCAAUGUACCCAAUGUUUUAAAUGUGUAUUUUAUCUACAGUAAUAAUUUAAUGCAUUGGUAAUUUUCACCAAUGUUGUGUUUUGUUUAAACAUUUCUUGUUUAUUCAGUUGAAUUAUGACUUCUGGAAUAACUUAUUCUAAAAUAAUUGAUAUGCUUAAUAACAUUUUAUUGAACUGAUUUGUUACAUAAAAUAAAUAAAUCAACAGAAAAAGAUAUU